AAAACCCAUCUAAUGGCCAUACCACAUUAGCCAGCGUAGGGAGAGAAGAAAUUGCAGCAAUGGCAACAAAUUCUCUCAUAACACCAGUUGCAGGCUUGGGAACCUCAUCUUUCUCUCCAUCUAGGAACCCAACUAAGCUCAAUCUUUCAUCUGGUUUCUUAAGUUCCAGAGCUACUGCAAACCCCUUUAGUAGAGCAACAAGGUCUAAAGGAAGGUUCUCGUGCUUUAAGGGAGACUGGCUUCGAACGGAUCUGAAUGUUAUAGGGUUUGGGUUGAUUGGGUGGAUUGCACCAUCAAGCGUACCAGUCAUUAAUGGGAAGAGCUUAACCGGUCUUUUCUUCGAGAGCAUUGGUUCUGAACUGGCUCAUUGGCCUACGGGCCCUGCUCUUACUUCCCAGUUCUGGCUGUGGAUGAUUUGCUGGCACUUUGGUCUGUUCCUCUGCCUUACAUUUGGCCAGAUCGGUUUUAAGGGAAGGAACGAGUACUUUUGAAUUGAAGUCUUGUACAUUUCGGAUUAUUUCUGCUCUUACCUCUCCUUGCUUUGCCAUGCCAUCCUGUAAUUCCGUGUUGUAAUUUUCUCUAAGCUUGUUCAUAUGUAAUUUUAAUGGACAUUGAAGUACGAUAUUAUCAAUUCUUAAAAUGAUUAGAGUCUAAAUACUAUUAAGCCAAUCGUUUAGAUUUCCUAUUA